AAUUACAUGAAAUCAUAUAAGCUUUGCAAUUUUGAAUCCGCGUAACGGACAUACCGAUUUGAAAACGCCACCAGUAAUCUAUCAGGUCAGAUCUUUAACCAAAAUAUUAGAAAAGCCAGACGGAAAAAAUUCAAACGGAUGCAAUAGCCGGAAAAUAAUACAAGGGUUCGCUUUAUUCCAGGCGCACCACGGAUUUUUUUUUUCUGUUUUCGCCAUUCUGGUUCAUACAAGCUGUGAUCUGAUCUGCACAACGGCAAGCACUAGGAGUUUGCUUCUUCUUCAUGUUAUCAUCAUCAUCUUAUUCUUCUUUUUUGGUGGCUUGGUGAGAGUCGAACCCGCAACUCUGGAGACGCUGUUGGCGGUUUAAAUUUGAUGUAAGAUGGAGGCCAAAAUGGUGGAGUGCGUAAAUUCCAGCCUUCGUCUGUAUAUGUAUCGCAACGCUACUUUUCUUUGCGAGCGUCUCUGCGCGGAAUAUCCUUCAGAGUGGAAAACAAAUUUUCUCUGCGAAGGCCCUCUUGUUAAGAUACAGACGAAAGUCUCAGGCAAACAAUUUCUUUUUCAUUCAAUCUUUCGUGUCAAGAGCAAUUUUCAAUUAUUGGCAUGCUGUUUCUUGCGUAGCAAUCAAGCUUAUCGGGCAUACCACAUCUUAAAAGGGACACAAUUGCCACAAUCCCGGUAUUUAUUUGCAUUUUCAUGCUUUGAGAUGGGACUUCAUCGUGAAGCGGAAGCAGCAUUAUGCCCAGUUAAUGAGCCUAGCACAGAGAUUCCAAAUGGCGCUGCUGGUCAUUACCUCCUCGGACUGAUAUACAGGUAUACCGAUCGAAGGAAAAUUUCGAUUGAGCAUUUUAUACAAGCUGUGUCGCUAGAUCCAUUUCUUUGGUCUGCAUAUGAAGAGUUGUGCAUCCUAGGUGCCACUGAAGAAGCAGCUGAGCUUUUAGGCGAUUCAGCAGUUUUCCGACUACAACAGCAGCAAAUGCAGUUAGAACUAAGUUCUCAAUACUUGGCAUCAUCAGGUGAUGAGCGUGUUUUUCCUCCCAGCCGCUCUUCCCACUCUGGUGAGCCAAGCCCAAGACAGGCAAAACAAUUAGGUGCAGCUGGUGUGGGAGAAUUGCCAGCUGGACAUGCUCCUGGUCCAGUUCCAGGGAAUGUUGCCCUUCAUAACACGCCAUUUACAGUGAACAUGACAGCAUACAGUACUCCUUCUCCGGUUGCAUCACAAGUUGUUCCAGCAGGUCCACCACCUCUAAAUAGGAAUAUUCAAUAUCAGCAAAAUCCUAAUACAACUGCUGCAGAUAUAUCUCCAAGGUCAGGUGUCAAUGCCCCAGGCCAACCACCGAGAAGGAAAUUUAUGGAUGAAGGCAAAUUAAGAAAGAGCAUUCGAUCAUCUUCCACACGUGCUGCAUACUCCCAGGUAUCAGGAAGGCUAUUUUCUGAAACAGCACCCCGCCGCAGUACAAGGCUUUCUGGUGAUGCAACGGGACAAGUUAGCUCGUCUGUUUUGUCAGUAGGGGGAAAUGGAACUGGGAAUUCCUCUUCUAAACUUGGGGGAGGCUUUUUGCCGACAAACAAGAUAAAUCCACCAAGUACGCUUCGCACAGCUACUGCUCGUAAAGGGCACUCAACUAUAGAAAGCAGUUUUGAUCCUGGUAAAAAGUAUGAAGCUUUUGAAGAUUCUGGAACAGAAGAUAUGAUUGUUAAUACUGUUAGGCGUCCUGGAUCUGUUCCAGUGGAAGAUGAACCUCGAAUAAAUAGCCGGUUGAAUGUAAAUCGCAAUCCAAGGUUUGCAGAAGGCUCAUUGGAGCUUCUAGGGCUUCUCCGGGUUUUGGGGGAAGCUUUCAAUCAUUCUUGCAUGCAUCGAUGCAAGGAGGCUUUACAAGCAUUUUGUAAACUACCGCAACAACAUUAUGCUACAGGAUGGGUCCUUUGCCAGGUUGGCAAGGCAUAUUUUGAAAUGGUGGACUAUUCUGAGGCAGAGCGUGCAUUUAGUUGGGCUCGACGUGUUUCUCCCUAUAAUCUAGAAGGAAUGGAUAUCUAUUCUACAGUUCUUUUUCAUAUGAAGGAGGAAAUGAAAUUGAGUUACCUAGCUCAGGAAUUGAAUGCAAUUGAUCGUCUAUCUCCUCAGGCUUGGUGUGCCUUAGGCAAUUGCUAUAGUUUACAAAAAGAUCAUGAGACUGCCUUGAAAACAUUUCAACGGGCCAUCCAGAUUGAUUCUCGUUUUACUUAUGCUCAUACUCUUUGUGGCCAUGAAUAUGUUGCUAUGGAGGAGUUUGAAAAUGGUAUCAACUGUUAUCGAAGUGCAUUGCGAAUUGACCCUCGACAUUAUAAUGCCUGGUAUGGCCUGGGAAUGAUAUAUCUUCGGCAGGAAAAGUACAAUUUUGCAGAGCAUCACUUUCGAACAGCUUAUCUUAUAAAUCCCCGAUCCUCUGUUCUUAUGUGCUACCUUGGAAUGGCUCUGCAUGCCCUAAAGAGACAUGAAGAUGCGCUUCAGAUGUUAGAUCAAGCAAUCUCUGCUGAUCCAAAGAAUCCUCUACCCACUUACCAGAAAGCAAAUGUGUUAGUUAGCAAUGAAAGAUACAAAGAUGCCCUUAAGGAGCUGGAGCUAUUAAAGGAGGUCGCACCCCGGGAAAGCAGUGUGUAUUCGCUGAUUGGUAAAAUAUACAAACGGUUAAAUGUGCCUGAACAAGCAAUGUACUAUUUUGGUCUUGCUUUGGAUUUAAAGCCAUCAACUGCAGAUGUUGCUAUAAUAAAGUCUGCUAUUGAGAAGAUGCAUGUACCGGAUGAUAUUGAGGAUCAACUUUAGUCAUCCUGUGAUAAUGGAGUAUAUAAUGCAGGGCUAUGGAGAACAUUAGUCUAUCCUUUCUCUGUGAUUGCAAACUGCAAGCUUUACUUCGUUUUGCAUCUGUAAAUUAUUUGUGCAGGAAUUUCAACCUGUAUAACUAGGAAUUUCAAUUGCUGUUCAAUCACUCUGAGCAGUGCAUUUUUCCAUAUUUAGGGCGUUAGUGAAAUUUGUGGUAUCCAGAGCCCAAUCGUGAUGGUUCUGCUUUUCACUAUCCCAGAGUUCUUAAACUGUGUACCAUGUGAAAGAUGAAGGCCACACUAGCUUUUGUUAACAUAUUAGGCAACUCCCAUGAUGUGCUUGAGGUCAGAAACGGACUGUACAAUACGGAUCACUGUAGAGGAUUAACAUGGUAAGCUGAAAAUUUCAAUGAUUGUAAUGCAAAAUGGCAAGCAUCAGAUAAUUUAUGAUGUUUUGCAAAUGUAUUUUAACUACUUACUAUUACUAAUUCGAUUAUUUAUAAUCA